CCGGCCGGCAGCGCCCGCAGCCCGCGCUCCGCUCCGCGCCCCGCGCCGCUCCGCACGGCCCCCGCCAGCGGCCGAGCCGCCGCGGCCCCACAGCCGGGACAUGGUGCCGUGCGCGCCGCUGGACGACGAGCCGCAGCCCUGCCACAAAAUGGAGCUGUACGUGAGCGGCGCCGAGCUAAAUGGCCUUAAAAUGGCAGAUGAGCCAAUGGAAGAAGGUGAACCAUAUUCCUACCAUGAUGAAGGAAGUGUGAAAGAAAUUCCUAUUACACACCAUGUGAAAGAAGGAUGUGAGAAAGCAGAUCCAGCACAGUUUGAGCUACUUAAGGUUCUUGGACAGGGAUCAUUUGGAAAGGUCUUCCUCGUGAGGAAGAUAAUUGGGCCUGAUGCUGGGCAGCUUUAUGCAAUGAAAGUGUUGAAAAAAGCUUCUUUAAAAGUUCGGGACAGAGUCCGGACCAAGAUGGAGCGCGACAUCCUGGUGGAGGUCAACCACCCCUUCAUUGUCAAACUGCACUAUGCCUUUCAGACUGAAGGGAAGCUCUAUUUAAUAUUGGAUUUUCUCAGGGGAGGAGAUGUAUUCACACGAUUAUCCAAAGAGGUUAUGUUUACAGAGGAAGAUGUGAAAUUCUACCUCGCAGAACUGGCCCUUGCUUUGGAUCACCUUCACAGCUUGGGAAUUGUGUACAGGGACCUGAAGCCAGAAAACAUUUUGCUUGAUGAAGCAGGACAUAUCAAGUUAACAGACUUUGGACUCAGCAAGGAAUCAGUAGACCAGGAGAAGAAGGCCUAUUCUUUCUGUGGUACUGUAGAGUACAUGGCUCCUGAAGUGGUAAACAGGCGAGGGCACAACCAGAGUGCUGACUGGUGGUCCUUUGGGGUCCUCAUGUUUGAAAUGCUUACUGGUACCCUGCCAUUUCAAGGUAAAGAUCGAAAUGAGACUAUGAAUAUGAUACUGAAAGCAAAGCUGGGAAUGCCUCAGUUCCUCAGCCCUGAAGCACAAAGUCUCUUGAGGAUGUUGUUUAAAAGGAACCCAUCAAAUAGAUUAGGAGCUGGAUCAGAUGGAGUUGAAGAAAUCAAGAGACAUCCUUUUUUUUCUACUGUUGACUGGAAUAAACUGUUCAGAAGAGAAAUUCAGCCUCCAUUCAAACCUGCCUCUGGAAAGCCAGAAGAUACUUUCUGUUUUGAUCCAGAAUUCACAGCAAAAACACCAAAAGAUUCUCCAGGGGUCCCACCCAGUGCAAAUGCCCACCAGCUCUUCAAGGGAUUUAGUUUUGUUGCAACUACUACUGUAGAAGACCAUAAAAUAUCACCCCUCACCAAUAUCCUGCCCAUUGUCCAGCAGCUUCAUGGAAACAGUGCCCAGUUCACUGAUGUCUAUGAACUGAAGGAAGAUAUUGGUGUGGGCUCCUACUCAGUUUGCAAGAGAUGUGUCCACAUAGCCACAAACAUGGAGUUUGCUGUGAAGAUAAUUGAUAAAAGCAAAAGGGAUCCCUCAGAAGAAAUCGAGAUUCUCAUGCGUUAUGGGCAGCAUCCAAACAUUAUUACUUUAAAGGAUGUGUAUGAUGAUGGCAGGUUCAUCUACCUGGUGACAGAGCUGAUGAAGGGAGGGGAGCUGCUGGACCGGAUCCUGCGGCAGAAAUUCUUCUCGGAGCGCGAGGCCAGCGCUGUGCUCUUCACCAUCGCCAAGACCGUGGACUACCUGCACUGCCAGGGGGUGGUGCACCGAGACCUUAAACCCAGUAAUAUUUUAUACACUGAUGAUUCAAACAAUGCUGAUUCCAUCAGGAUUUGUGAUUUUGGAUUUGCAAAACAACUUCGAGGAGAAAAUGGAUUACUUCUAACUCCCUGCUACACUGCAAACUUUGUGGCACCAGAGGUUCUCAUGAGACAGGGAUAUGAUGCUGCAUGUGACAUAUGGAGCUUGGGAGUUCUCCUUUACACAAUGCUGGCAGGCUAUACUCCAUUUGCCAAUGGUCCCAAUGAUACUCCUGAGGAGAUCCUAGUACGGAUAGGCAGUGGGAAAUUCUCUCUAAGUGGAGGCAACUGGGACACUGUUUCAGAUGCAGCAAAGGACUUGUUGUCACACAUGCUGCACGUGGAUCCCCACCAGCGGUACACGGCCGAGCAGGUGCUGAAGCAUUCCUGGAUUGCCUGUAGGGACCAGCUGCCUCAUUAUCAGCUCAACAGGCAAGAUGCCCCACAUCUAGUAAAGGGAGCCAUGGCUGCUACAUAUUCUGCACUGAAUCACAAGACAUUUCAGCCAGUGCUGGAGCCUGUGGCAGCCUCCAGUUUAGCUCAGCGAAGGAGCAUGAAAAAGCUCACAUCCACAGACUUAUAGAUCCACUGGGACACCUGAGCAGACACAAGCAAGGGGGAAACCCAACAAGUGGCUCUAUUUUGCCUGACCUGUGAUCAAAAGGCAUCUAUGGUUUCCUGCUACACUACUUGAAUUCUGUAAAAGUCCUUUUUUUAAAAAGAAAAAAAAAAUCCACAGGUUCAUACUGUGUUUGUUUUACAGGCCGUAUCUGUUAAGUUAAUUUAAACAUCAGGUACACCAUAAUGAAUUUCUCUACACUGUCCUUUGAGAUCUGUUGCAAAUAUUCUUUCACAUUCUGUAUAGUUUUGCUGGGUUCAGUUAAAAAAAAAAAAUGGUUUAGGGGACCCUUGCCAAUGACCAAGUUGUACAUAAAGUGUCAGUGUGAGUUUUCUUUGCUUCACACCUUUAGACCCUGCUGUGAAGGGCAAAUUCUUCAUUUUGUAAUUGGGCACUUCAUUGAUUCAACUCAAUUCCUUUUCCUUGUCCAUGACUAUUAUGCAGAGUUGGGCAGUGUGAUGUGCCAGAGUUAAUUCAUCACUGUUGAUCUGUGUUUGCACGGUGCCAGUAACUGAGGAGUUUGUGUGAAAUAAAUGUGCAAGAUCCUGCACUUAAUUUGAGCUCUUGUGACCCAAAAGAAAUGCUGGUUAUGGCCUCUAACAGGAAAAUGAACAUUUCUGGUUGUUACCACAAAUUGUGUCCUGCACUGAGCUGGAGAAAGUCAAUAUGUGCAUAAAAUGUCAAAAUUCAGGCUCUCAGAAACAUUGGUGCCACUUCAAAACAACAUCAUGCAGCUCAGUCCUUUGUUAUUCAUAUUUGCCAUCCAUUAGUACAACUACUGUGUUAUUUUCCUCAGCAGUCUUUCCACUAAAUACACCCAAUAUUAGGUUUGUUUGGUAUAUGAGACAAACUGACACUUUAUUAUAACCAACUUGGCACUUGGGGUUUAUUUUUUAUUUAUUUGAUUUUUUUAAUAGAAGGUUGCUUCUCUCUGAUUCUCUCGCCGCAUGUACAAAUAUUACAGAACAGAAAUGCAAAAUUCUCUUUGCCUAACUGUAGGGGUAGCUUGGGAAAAUAAAUAAGCCUUGCUGUGUGCCCAGAUAAGGGAAUUCUGAUCAAGAAAUUUCACAGUUAUGGACAAAUUCCUUUCAGCAUCCUAUGGCCAGCACUCACUCGCCCUCUCUGUCUGCUGUUAGGACUUCAGCUGUUCCUAAAUGUUGGGAUGGAGGGGAAAUUCAUUUCAGGGCCAGAAUUACCUUGGGGUUUCCUGACUUAAAACCAAUGCUAACUGCUGGUAGUUCAUUCAGAGAUACACUUAGAAGUGUUUUCAAAAGUUGUAGACACUGAACAACUGUAGUGACAUAGCAGAAUGAUUUUAAAUAUUAAAUAUAUUUAGUGACAUUAGACUGUGAAGUGACCAAAACUCAAACAUAGUUCAGACUCAUUUGCCAUCAUGGAAUUUUCAAGUGCUAGACCCCAGGGCUUUCAGAAAUCAAUGUUUUGAGACAGCAGAAGAAAACUUCCAGGAGAAUUCUGGCCCAAGCACCAGCAGUGGUGGUGAUAACUCAGCUCUCACAAGAGGUCUUGGCUGGUUUUUGCUUAUACCUGUGAAGGACUUGGUGGUGUUGGAAGUACUUUUAGAUAAGCUGCUUUCUUCUUUUGUGGUGGGGGAAGAUGGACAUUAUCUGGCCAAAUAGUUAGGUAUGAAUAUAUAUAGAUUAGAGACUUAAUGAUAUAGCAAACAUAGGUGUUCUCUUUGUAUCACACAGAACAUCCCCCAGAUGGAAUUUCUUGAGUGCUUGAUAGAUGUUGGAAGCUUUAGGGGCCAUUUGUGCCUAGUUUUGAGGUGCCUGUUUGAAAUGCUUGAAAGCUUAUCAAAGAACACAGCUGCUUCCUGGAAAAGCUCCUUGUUUAGUACAAAAUCUGCCCCUUUUGCAGCUGCUUCAUCCUCCUUUUCCAGCAAGAAUACCUGGAAACUUCUUGUCUGCAUUCUGUCAGGGUCAUUUUUAUGUAAACUUAAGGAUGACUGCGAGAAGAAUUUGAAUUUACUCAAAAAAAGAAGGCAAAAGUGGUAGAAAUUAAAUCCCCUGAGUCCAGGUCAAGGUGUGAUGUGGGUUGAAAUGUGGUCCUAAAAGCAUGUUGGGGUUAAGAGGUAAUGCAGGGCCUGGAAUACAAUGAAAAUGUCAAACUUGAAUUGUCCUCAGCUUUCCUGUAAGGCAGCAGCUGGUCUUUAAUGGCUUUACCCAUGAAUCAUUUAAUAGUGUUUCUGUUGGUAUUUUCUUUUAGCUUGCUUAGAAGCACCACAGUAUAAGCACCUUAAAAGCAUUUUGCACAAGAGCAGUUGGAAGCAGCUGAGGGGACUCAAGUUGUUCUUGAUGUGCAGCACAAAAGUGAGAGGAAAAGAACACAAACAAGGUGGAUGUUCUGAUUCAUUGCAGAGUAUUUAAAACAUCUCCUGUAAAGUUAUCCCUGUUUUAUAGCACUGCUGGCCUUUAGUGCAGGUGGUACUCCAGGGGUAAAAGCAAAGUUUCAGUGACUGCAACAUUACAAAGUUAUCUUAUUGUGGGGAAAGCAUAUGGGUGUGUUAUAUCUGACAGGCCAGUGUACCCUGGUAUGCCAUUUAUAAUCCUUAUUUUGGGGGAAAAGUUCCCUUGCUCUGACUAUUUCAGCAUAUCAGUCUUGCAAAUAUUUGGGAUAUGCAGGAACAUGAAAGUUCACUUGCAGUUUACUUUUACUGUAUUUAAUGAUCAUCUUUGUGAGGUUCCUUUGGGAAUUCCUUGCCCGUUUCUCAUCCCUUUCUUUCCCAACUUAGGUUUUGGUAUCUAAAAUAGCAUGGUCUGCUCAUGAGCUGUCAGUUCAAGGUUUGAGAGGGAAGAGCAGGUACUGGGAAAGUGCUCUGGCUGCAGGGAAAGGUUAGUGGAAAUUAUUUCAUAUCCUCUGGGCACAGUUCAAGUUUACAAACUGGUGAUGUUCUUACUGCCUUACUGAGUUAGAAAAAAAAAAUCAAAUUUUUACAAAGGCUCCUAAUUACACAGAAGUAGACAUUCAGACUAAAGGAAUUUCCUAAGAACUAAAUCUUAAAUGAUAGAAUAUUUUGGCCAUGGCUUCCUGCCAAAGAAUCUCCUGCUCUGGUGUUUGGUGAUGAUCAUUAUCAGUAAGUUCCAGCUCUGGUGCACACAAAGAGCAGAUUCCCGCUGGAGUGGGCUCAGGACCUUAUCUCAAUUUGUUCCUUCAGUUAUCCUUUGGAUAUAAAGUGAGGAGCUCUGUUGUAUUCCUGUUCCAUAUCCAAAAACUGCAGUGGCACCACAGUGAGCUCCUCAGAGCUUUCCUGGGUCCAGUCAAGGCACUGAUCUGUGGCUUGUGAGGUUUUCUUCAUUUUCCCAUUGAGCUCAAAAUGAGUGAACUCCCCUUGCCCAGCCAGGAGGUGCAGGGGGCUGAGCCUGCUGUUCAUUUGAGGCCUCUGUUGUUUGAAUGUUCUUGCAGCCAGAGAAGGCAUCCAGAGCCUCACCCAAGUCAGUCAUGUCGAGCUUGAAUUCUGUCUUCCAUGUUUUAAUUCCUUUUCCAAAGCUGAUCUUCAGCUGUCCAAUAGUUAAAAUAACUCAGCAGGUGGGAGUUCCUUGCCAUGUACUUAGAGACUGCUCUCUACAGCUGUGUUAAAUAUAUAAAGUUAUAAUAAUUCUCCUGGUUUAUAUCAGUGAAAUUAGGCUAAAACAUCAAUGCAAACACAGGGUUUAUGUAUUUCUGUAGCACUUAAGCUUUUCAGUCCUAUCCAGAACUAAAAGUUUGCAAAUAUUUGUGGGACGGGAGGGAAGGGGAAGGAGGAGCAAGUUUUUCUUUCUCAAAGUUUCCAGAAAGCUUCUGAAGCUGUGACUAUAGUAGUCCUUAUGUAAUCCUACAGGAGCUCUGUAGGGUUAAAAACAUAAAAUUCUUAAAAGUUUGUUCCAAAGCUCUUGUAGGUGUGCACUGAUAGCUGUUGGUAACUGCACUUCAUUCAUACCACACCAGCCUUCUGCAUCAACAUCUCUGUCCCUGCCCCAGUUAUUUUUUAAAUAUUUGCUCCUCCAAAUCUGACUGUUCCUUGGGAAUAGAAGAAUGGAUGCAAAUUUGAAAACCCUCACCCUUAAUGUAUGGCUGAAGCUGAUUGAGUAUUGUAAUAAUUUGCAUAAUUAGAAAGUCCCCCACAAAAUCAUCAGCAACUUGUUUUCUUGAGAUUUUUCCUGUGUAAUGAAGGCAAACUUUCUCUGAAAGCUUUAAAAGAUACUUAAUUGAUUAUAUCUCUUAAUUAUUAAUUUUUGGUCAAUAGCUUAUUACCAAUAGUGAGUUUGAAUAACCCUGAAUCCUCUUGUGGGGUUUUCACACGAGGACCGAGGAUGCUGGAGGUGGAUCUGCUUUGCAGGACCAAGUGUUCAGGUUUGGGUGUUUUGCAUUAGGCUUUUGAGCAGUGUUUGCUAAUUAAUUAACUAAUUGCAUUGUCACAAUGUCCCAAGCACUUUGACAUCUUGCACUGAUGCUCUGGUUAGAGCUGAAACUCUCCUGGCACGUGGCUAAAUCUCCAUAAAGGGCAUUAAUUGAGAACAGUGUGCAAUGAAUUCCAUGCUCUGAGGUACUUCAAAGAUGAAACUCUACACAAGGUCCCCGUUAUCAGAUAUUGUAACUGUCAUUUCUUUCUCUUAAGCAUAUUGUGGAUUUUGUAUCAUACUGUAUUUAUUUCAUUUAAUUUUAAAAGAAAUGUUUUCUUUAAAGCUCUGUAUAUAUUGACAUUAAAGUUUGCAUUGUACUACG